AUGCUAGAGCCACCAUCCAUUACCGCCACCAUCCUUACCACCACAUUCAUGACUCCUCCCAGCCACUCUUCCCUUAUCCCCAUCUUGGGACCCACCAGAGCAUCUCUCCACAUGGCUGCUACUGGCCAUUCACAUGACACUUUGAGUUCGGUACCCUUACCGGAAGGCAGUAUGGCUACUUUUCCCUUGAGCAAGAAGUCUCCUACAGGAAAUGAUAUGAAGCACUCCUCUCAGGGGACUGCACAGAAGCAACGAUGUUUCCAUGAAGCAAACAAAAGAAGGGCUUUUUUGCAGGAUAACAGCUGGAUAAAGAAACGUCCUGAAGAGGAAAAAGAUGAAAAUUACGGUCGGGUGGUGCUCAGCCGGCAUAACUCCCAUGAUGCUUUGGACAGGAAAAUAACUGAGAAAGAUGUGCCCCAAAUCACCAUUAGUCGGUACAGAUCUGAUGACACUUUGGACAGAACUCUGUCCACGUUUAGACCACCGGAAACAGCCAAGUCGUACGUACUUUUUAAAUUGAUGUGUCUUUCUUUAUACACAUUCACGAAAGACCCCUGCCCCUACCCCAGCAUCCAGGACUUACUGUUCUUAGGUCAAGUUAGUGGAGGUGGUGAUGAUUUGUUAUUCUUACCUUUAAAUAGGCAACCUGGGAGCUUGCUGGAUGUGAACACCACCAAUCGCAUGGCUUUUACCACUGCUGCAACCCCUGUGAAGAAAAAGAGACAGUCCUGGUUCCCGCCUCCGCCUCCGGGUUACAGUGCCACCCCUAGCACGGGAGCCAGCAGAAGGGACUCAGCUGUUCACCCUCCAAUACCUCCAAAACCCAGUUCUGCUGUUUCUUCUCCUAACCAGUUGAGACGGGAUAAUAGGCAGAUUCGUCAACCUAAACCAGAUGUACAAGCAGAAACCAACAGACCCACUGAAAGAAAGAUAAGGAGUCAGGACCUGGACAACAUUGUCAAGGUGGCCACUUCACUUCAGAAAGCUGACAAGGGCAAAGAACUGGAUAAUCUCAUCAAAAUGAACAAAAGCUUAAAUAGAAAUCAAGGUCUUGAUGGUCUCUUCAGAGCAAGCGCAAAGGCAGAGCAAACAGCAAAAAGAGCCCAAAGUCUUGAAAGUCUCAUUUAUGUGAAUACCAGGAUGGACAAAGAUGGCAAAAGAAACAAAAGCUUUGGAAGUCUUAAUAAAGUUAAUCAACGGACUGAUGAAAAUGAGAAAGGAAGCCGAGAUCUUGAAUCUGUUGUCAAAGUGAAUGCCAGGACUGAUAAGAGCAGUAGAAGUUCAAAAGACCAUAAUAACCUCAUCAAAGUGAGCCCAACAACAGGAAAAAGAAUGCAAGGGUGCCAAAGUCUUGAAAACCUCAUCAGAGUGGCUCCUGAAACAAAUACAACUGACCAAGGGAACCAAGACCAGGACAAUCAUAUCAAAGCAACUCCUUCAGCAAAUGAAAGAGACCAGAAGUUUGGUGAACUAAGCCCCAAAGCUGUCAAAAACACUGCUCGAGACCAAGAUCUUGAUAAGCUCAUCAAAGUGAAUCAUGAAAUUCUCACAAACAACCAAAGAAACCAAGAUCUAGAUAACCUCAUCAAAGUGAACCCUGAAGCAAUUAAAAGCAAUCAGAGUCAAGGUUUGGACAUUGUUAACGUGAAGCCAUCGGCUCUCAGAAACACAAAUCGAAGCCAGACCCUAGAAAAUUUAAUUGAAGUAAAUUCUCGUGUGUCUGAAAAUAAGAAUGGAAGUCUAGAUGGCCAAGUGAAUGGCUUCACCAGUGCUCUUCUGCACAAGGAAUCCACAAGCCCCCCUGUCUCUUUUUAUGAAACCAAGAACACUGCCAGGUAUGGCAACAAAAAGAAAAGAUAG